UUCACAAUAGGUACUCGAACACAUGUUGUGUACAACUUGUUGAAGAGAAAAAAACUGGAUGCCAACAGAGAAAUCAAUGAAGCAACUUUAAAUAUCCCAGACGCCAUUACACUCAUCUGCAAAGCAAAUUUAGCCAUUUCAGGGCGUGGUUUACUCUUGGAUAUCCACGGCCAAGUACGCACACCUCAAAGGACAGAGCUAGGCUAUCACAUUUCCAAAUUCCAGCUCGUAGACAGAUCCUACAAAAUAGCGAGUACCUCUAUAAGAAGCCUCGAGGGAUACUGGUGCGAAAGCAACGAAGUUUGCUUUCAAGAUGUUGUACAAGGCCAUCGAAGUCUAGGCCACUUCACUAAUCACGGAGGCCUGGCUGCUGUUCCCUCUCCGCUAGACGAGAGAGAUGGAGGAGAAAUCGACGCAAUUCAGCUGGAAUUUCCUAAGGAGUUCCGCUCUGCGUGGAGUUCUGAGCCGGAUGCACAACACAACAUGACUAAUGCUACGGUCGAACUUUUUCAGCUAAAUUAUGAAAUGUAACAAACUUUUUUUGUUACUACUUUUUUUAUCUUUGUUUUUGCUUUAAAAAGGCGAAGUAGGAGGACAGUUUGCAAUUCUCAACAUUAGCUCGGAAAUUUCAAAACUGUAAAUACCAUGAUAGACGCAACAUGUAGAUCAACUGCAUACAUUAGUGUCGCAGGCAACCAUAAUUUAGGGAUUUGCGUGUGCUCAAGCUCAAAGCUCCACCAUGGAUUCACUGUGAGGCCUUAGUACAAAGAGAGGAUGUGAAUCAUUCUUUAAUAUUUAAAACAAGCACAUGAAACGCUU